GCCACCAAAUUUUGCACCAAGAAGUGGAGGGAGAUUAAGCAACAAUGGCGGACUCAAGUGACCAGGGAGCCGUAGUGAGUAACAAGCAGGUGAUAUUCAGGAAUUUCAUCUCCGGUUUCCCAAAAGAGUCGGACAUGUUCGUCGCUACCGGACCAGUAAAACUGAAGCUACCAGAAGGUUCCAGAGGAGUUCUUCUGAAGAACCUUUAUUUAUCCUGUGACCCUUAUAUGCGAAUCUUGAUGACACCCAAAAAUGAGGGUUCUGGUGAAGUCUUCGCUCCCUACGCCCCUGGCUCUCCAGUUUCUGGGUUCGGAGUAGCAAAAGUUCUGGAUUCAGGCCACCCAGACUUCAAGAAAGGAGACAUUGUUUGGGGAAUAACAAAAUGGGAAGAGUACUCUGUCAUCUCAGCACCUGAAAUCCUCUUUAAAAUUCAGCACACUGAUGUACCCCUUUCCUACUAUACAGGAAUUCUUGCUUUGCCUGGUUUGACUGCUUAUGCCGGGUUCUAUGAGCUCUGUUCUCCUAAGAAAGGAGAAUAUGUCUAUGUCUCUGCUGCAGCGGGGGCAGUUGGUCAACUUGUUGGUCAAUUUGCAAAGUUGAUGGGUUGCUAUGUUGUUGGAAGUGCUGGAAGUAAAGAAAAGGUUGAUCUGUUGAAGAGCAAGUUCAGAUUUGAUGAGGCUUUUAACUAUAAGGAAGAACAUGAUCUGGAUGCAGCUCUGAAAAGAUACUUUCCUGAAGGCAUUGAUAUUUACUUUGAAAACGUUGGGGGCAAAAUGCUAGAUGCUGUGCUUCUCAACAUGCGAGAUCAUGGCCGCAUUGCUGUGUGUGGGAUGAUUUCACAAUACAAUGCUGAAAAGCCUGAAGGCGUGUGCAAUUUGAUGAACGUUGUGUAUAAGAGGGUCCGAAUGCAAGGAUUCAAUGUCUUCGAUCACUUCCAGCAAUACGCAAAGUUCCUGGAGACAGUCAUCCCUUACAUUAAGGAAGGGAAGAUAGCAUAUGUAGAGGAUAUUGCUGAAGGUCUAGAGAGUGGUGCCUCUGCUUUGGUAGGACUCUUUAACGGCCGGAAUAUCGGGAAACAGGUUGUCGUAGUUGCACGGGAGUAAUACAGCCUUUGUUUGCUCAAGGGUUCUAUAGCUAUUUUUAUGUUAGUGUAAGAGAUGGGAAGGAAAUCGUUUGCUUGUCAUUGUGUCUUAAUUAGUUCUCCAUAAUGUCAUGGCCAGUCCAUUUAUACCGUUAUGCGGUUGAGUCUAAAUCUAAAUGAUUUUCUGUAUUCCCAAGACAUGUUACUUGAAGGGAUAUCAAAGCUUUCUCUGACUUAUGUAUGCUCUAUGGUAUGAAUGUGCUAUUAAUUUAACAAGAUUUUAAAAGUAUUUGAAUUAAUUAAUUUAUUGUUU